GUACUGAGUGAGCUGUGAUUGGUCACAGCUUGUCACAUGGUACAAGGCUGUUAUUUCACACGUAGUAAUCAAUGAUGUCACAAGUGACAUCUUGCUUACUACUUAGCAUGUGAUCACUAAUUGGCCAAUCAGUGAUCACAUGAUCGGGACCUCAUACAGAGGUCCCGUCCAACGAUCGGUGUUUCACACAGCGGGCACCGGAUCGCAGGGUGCGGUGGGGCCGUUUAUAAACGGCCACCCGACCCUGCACUGCCACCGUCCGGCUGUUUAUAUGCAACGGCCGGACGGGAAGUAGUUAAUAAUCAUUUAGAUUUCAAAAAA